AGUUCUGUAAACCGGCAUCGGGAAACGGCAUGAUGGACAGGAUUCAUGGAAGUUGGGGAAAAACAGUGUCAUGGCCAUACAUGCCAUUGGCACUCAUCGGUUGUCUUCAAAGUCCAGAGCCUUGAAAUGGCAAUCUCGUUCAAGAUAUAAAGCACGAAUGACCUGGCACUCAGACUCAUAACCUACAAACACAGAUCAUCGAACAACAGCUAUGGCAUCAGAACGCGUCAUCCCCCGAGGCCCCCCUCUUUCUGUCUGGGCAUCGUCACGCCUUAAUUCUCUCCUGCGAAGCGAGACGACGGACAGGUUCAACAGGAUUUUUGACGUUACUUUCGCCCAAGACCUCGAAGUCGUCCUCAAUGGGAAGACUCUCACUCGCGACGAGUACAAGAAGGUGUUACUCGGGCAGAGUGGGGCGGGAUCCUCGGCAAUCAAAGAUGUGCAGAUUGAGGGAGAGACGGUAGUCAACCCAAUCCCUCCUGAAGAUCGAUUGGGUGGCUUCGUUGGCAUGUUCUACACAAUUACGAGCACCUCCAAACGUUUCUUUGUGUUCGGCGUACCUGCGAGGCAGAAGGACGUCUCUAGUGUUAACCUGACCGUGAAGUCGACCGCGGACACCCGCCUUCGUUACCUCGACCCACGGAGGAUCGCUGAAGUCAACCAGAUUCUCCAGCCCAGGACCUUUAUCGUCUCAUUCCCUAGGUCGGUUGUGCCCGCGAACGAGACUUCUGGCUCUGGAAAGGUAGAGCUAGGACCUGUCAAUAUUAUGCAGGUGGAGGAGGAACUCAGUGUUUUGGGGAAUAAAUUCAGCACUGCGUCAGUCCCUGAGGCCGACAUUGACGAGGAAUGAAGUCUUUGCUUCCGCCAAUAUGUAGACGGUCACGCAGAAAGUGAUGGGACGGAAUGCGUGACCACUGCAUGCCGAGCUUCAUGUAUAAUUGAAUCCUGAAUUUGAUUUGUGUAUCUGCUAUGUCGCCUGAAGUUACAUCUGCACGAGUACUCGGCCCAGCACCGUCAGAUAUUAUUCUGCUCAGUGCAGGGCGCUAAUAAGCACGACAUGAAGGUUCGAGGAUGGCUUUUUUCGUUCACAUUCGGCGCACGAUACAAUUGGCCAAGUAAAAG